GUAACCAUGCCGCUCGCAAUUGAUUUGUUGCAUCCUUCCCCUGCGUCGGAGAGGAGGAAACAUAAGCUUAAGCGGCUAGUGCCACAUCCUAACUCUUAUUUCAUGGAUGUUAAGUGCCCUGGCUGUUACAAGAUUACAACAGUUUUUAGUCACGCACAGAGAGUGGUGGUCUGCGCUGGAUGCUCAACGAUCCUUUGUCAACCCACUGGUGGCCGUGCUAGAUUAACUGAAGGAUGUUCUUUUAGAAGAAAACAACAUUAACAUUUAAGUCCUGGACAGAGCCCUAUUUAAUUUUAAGAUUUUUUUUCCAAUUGUAUAAUGGAGUGAUAUUUUUCAAGUUCACUACAAUGGAUCCAUCUGAGCAUUACAAAUAAAGGCUUUUUCAAAGGGAA